CCUAUAAGUAAUGGAGUCAGCCAGUGAGGGAUGUCUCACUUUUGUUUCUCCUUCCGCUCCACUAGACCUUCUGUUUGUGUACUCCGCCGUCGCCAUGGUGACCGAGAACCGCAGCUCGGGUCGCAACUCCGUCGCCUCCAAAUGGCGUCUCCAAAGGGGGCGACGAAAGGGGAUGAUCCGUUCAAAACUAGGAGACCCCAUCAGCAGCCUCGAGGACAGUCUCAUGGUAGAAAUUCUAAUUCGCCUCCCGAACCCUAGAUACUCGUGCCGUUGCAAAUCCGUGUGCAAGCGGUGGAACUCUCUGAUCUCCGACGCCUACUUCAACCGCCGUUUCGUUUCACACCACCAGAGCAGGUACCAACCUCUGCUUCUCAGCAAUCACGACACGCAAGCAAUCAUUCACAGCUUUCCCGCCCCGCCCCUGCUUACCGAUGAAGACAAGCAGGGGUCUUUCAUAGUUUGGGACUGCUUCAAGGACUUGGUCUUGUGUGGGUUCACGGAUCCAGGUGGUAAAAAUCUCGAAUGGGGCAGAUCGUACAUUAUCUGCAAUCCCUUCACCAGGCAAUGGGUCGCGCUCCCUUUAGCACCUGAAAGGACAUUGGAAUACGUUGCGCCGUGUGCAAGGUUAGUCGCUGAACCCCGCACUUGCUCUGCUACUGUGAAUCUCGACCUAGGAAAUGGCCAAUCAUUUGCUUUUUCUUCCGAGUAUCGUUUCCGGGUGCUCUGUAUGUAUACCCAGGGCAUUGCUUUGAGAUUGGACUCGUUUUGUUCCGAGUCUGGAAAAUGGACCAAGGACGCCCGUGUUAUUCAUCGUGGUUUUGGAAUCCUGGAUUCGAGAAUAACUUCGCACAAUGGGGAGUUUCUUGCCUCAUAUCUUCAUUAUGAUCGCGCUAGGGGCAGACCCAGAUUUAUCCUUGCUGCGCUUCAUCCUUUCCGCCUUGAUCUACCUCCCACUAUUUAUACGCAUGCUUCAGACAUUGUGGAGCCACUAGGAGAUGAUUGGAAAUUUGCCAUCUCACAGGGUGCUUUGCACUUGGUUACAAUUGAGCGGGCGCCUGGCCAAUUAGCGGUAUGGAGGCUGGAAGAAGAUGGCAAGUCUUGGAGGAAACAAUACCAAGGGUCGGUGAAUUCAGCAGCAACAAGGGGUAACUAUAGACUUGAGUGUUUUUUUCUACGUGACCUGCAUCCGGAGAAGCCGGAAAUUGUCUUCUUGGAAUAUGUCGACCCCCUUAACGAGCGGUAUGGUAUCUACUCCUGUGAUUUGACGACGAGUGUGGAAGAGAUGGCGUUCUUCGCUCAAGUGAGACGAGGUAUACCUUCUUGGAAGGUGAUGCAGGCCAGUGUCUCUUGUUGGCCUACUCCAAUUCCAAGGAAUUCACUAAUGGAAUAGAGAAACACAGAAAUACAACUUCUUUAUCAUCCUGCGACAAUAUCAUAAACUCUAACGAGCAACUUCCUCAUCAUGUCUCACAUAUUACAUAUGUCUCGUUUCCUUACUACUGAUUGCUUGAGAAUUCCGGUCGUGUUUGUAAACACUGCAACCUUGUAAUCUAAACUCUAAUAAGGCUGGCCACGACGAGGAUAGAUAUUAUCUGUCAUAUAUACAUGUGUUUGUGUAUAUAAUUGAUAAUUUUAUUGAAUAGCUAAAUUAACCAAAAUUUUAAUU